AUGGAUUAAGAGAAUGCAAAACUAGCUUAGGAUUAUUAAGUAUAGAAUAAUAUCCCUUUACUAUAAGAUCAAUAAUAAGAAAAUAAUCAAUAUUAUUCUCCUUAUAAUAAUUAAGUUUAAUAUGUAUAGUAAUAGGUGGCUCAAUAACAAUAAUUAUCAAAUUCUUAUUAAGGAAUUAAUCUUUAAGGUGAUCAAUAUUAAGUAAAUCAAUAACUUUAAUAAUAAAAUCCUCAAUUAUAAUAAAUAAUAUAGCCCUACCAACCAAAUACUAAUCAAUAAUAAAUAACAGGGAUUGUUAUCUAAACCCCUUAAAUCUAUAAUGUAUUUUUUAUCAAUAAUUUAUUACUUAAAGCUUAUUAGAAAUGCCUCUGGAUUUAGAACUCCAACAUUAAUAUCAUGCCCCUACUGUAAUAAAAAUGCCGUUACAAAUGUUCACUUCAAAUCAGGUGAUGAUACAUUUUGCAUGGCUGUGUUAUUAUGUCUUUGUUUUGGAUUAUUAUGCUUAAUUCCCUUAUUAUCUUCAGAUUGUAAAGAUGCAUAUCAUCGAUGCAGUCAUUGUGGAAGAACAGUAGGAUUUACUCCAUACCAAGCCUGCUAAUGA